AUGGUGCCUCGCCGUGGGAGGACGAACACGAAACCACUACCGACAACACAAGAGGAAUUGAACGAACUCAUUUCCCAAGCAAUUGCUCAAUACGAAGCUAACCGCGCUGAACAAAGCGGUGGAACGGGAGGUACUACUGGAGGCAACCCUCCAACUGGUUGCACUUAUAAGCAGUUCUUAGACUGCAAACCUCUAAAUUUUGAUGGUACGUGCGGUGCUGUUUCCUUCGUUUGCUGGACUGAGAAGACCGACUCAGUUAUUCGAAUGAGCAAGUCCCCUGCUGAACAAAGGGUUACCUAUGUCACCGGACUAUUCAUUGAUGGGGCACUAUCGUGGUGGAACCUCCAAGUUCAAACAAAAGGGGAAACUGCAGCGCAUGGCCUGACUUGGGAGGAACUAAAAGAAUUGAUGAGGAAAAAGUAUUGCUCAAGGUCAGAAAUCCAGAAGCUAGAAACUGAAUUCUGGAACUUGAAAAUGAUUGGUCCGGAUAUUGCGGGUUACACGCAACGAUUUCAUGAUUUAUCCCGUGUAGUUCCAUACUUGGUGGAACCCAAAUUCAAGAGGAUCGAGAGGUACAUUUGGGGACUUGCCCCUCAAAUUCUAAGUAUGGUUACCACUUCUAAGCCCACGGAGAUCGGCGAAGCAAUCGAUUUGGCUGUAGCACUUAUCGAGGAAGCACUACGUCAAGGAAAGUUUGAUGAGCCUGGGUCGAACAAAAAGGAAACUGCUGUGGAAGCUUCGGGCUCCAAUAAAAGGAAGUUUUCCCAUUUUAAGAAAGGUUCUCGGGGAAAGAACAAUAACGGUAAGGGGCAAAACUCGAAAGAAGUCAAAGAGACAAAGGCAUAUGUUACCACUACCACCAACAACCCCGACAAGAAGUCUUACACUGGAACUGCACCAAAGUGUAAUAAAUGCCCCUUCCAUCACUACGGGGAGUGUCGUGGCCCCAAGUGUAGCAAAUGUGGUAGGUUUGGGCAUCGCACCGAAGUGUGUCGGGGUACGAAUACCAGGGACCAAGGUUGUUUCAAUUGUGGUGACAAAGGACACUUCAAGAAGGAUUGCCCGAAAGAGAUUCAAGCUCGGGGAAGAGCAUUUGUGAUAGGAGCCAAGGACGCUCGUCAGGACCCGAAUGUGGUCACCGGUACGUUCCCUAUCAAUAAUCACUUCGCAUCUAUCCUUUUCGAUACGGGAGCAGAUUAUAGUUUUAUUUCUAAGGAAUUUAGAGUUAUACUUGGGGUAGAAUCGAGAAAAUUAAAUAUUCCAUAUUCGAUUGAAUUAGCUAAUGGUGAAUUAGUAGAAACAGGGGAAAUCAUAAAGAAAUGUACCUUAGAGCUGGGUGAACAAAAGUUCGACAUAGAUCUCUUACCAGUUCCGUUAGGUAGUUUCGAUGUCGUUAUCGGUAUGGAUUGGUUAUCCGAUAAUCGAGCCGAGGUCAUAUGUCAUGAGAAUAUCAUACGCAUCCCCCUGCCCGAUGGAGAACAUUUGCUAGUACACGGGGAGAAACAAGACACGCCGCUAUGA